AUGGAGGUUCGUUCGAGGCGCAAGAGUAUUCUGGUGAUGACUUUCAUCACCGUGUUUAUGGACUCCCUAAACAACAGUUUUGCAGGAGCUGUUUUGCCUUACAUGAUAUUGGAAAUGGAAUCAACUCCGUUCCAGGAAGGUUUAGUAUUUAGUAUUUAUUCCUUAAUGCAACUCCUGAGUUUACUUGCUAUGGGUCCGUUGAGUGAUCACUAUGGGCGUAAGCCAUUUUUGAUUUUGUCUUUGUUUGGGUCUUGUGCUGGUAUAAUUCUCCAAGGCCUCUCCUAUGAUAUGUGGACGUUGAUUCUAUGGCGUGCUUUAACUGGUUUAUUUGCUGGUUCUAUGAUUAUUGCUCAGUCUGUUGUUUCUGAUGUGACUGAGGCUAGUGAGCGUAAUGUGUUUAUGGCACGCCUGGCAGCUACAAACUCAAUAGCAUAUGUGUUGGGUCCUGCAGUGAGUGCUGCUUUGAUCUCCGUAAAUCUGCGUUUCCCCUUCUUUGUGGCUGGUGCUGUCUCAGGCAUCGCCUUUAUCCUCUCUUUCUUCUUCUUGAAGGAAUCGAACAUGGCUUAUUUACAACGCAAACAACGCAAACAACAACAACAUUCCGCUGCUGGUUCCACUGCAACAUCGACGUCUGCCUCUGUGUCCGUCUCGAAAGAGUCUCACUCCUCCUCCUCCUCCUCUUCUGCUUCGGAGCGAGUGCACUUCAAGCCGAUCAUGCCGUUUUGUUUCUUUUUGGAGUUCUGCACAUCAUGGACGAGUGGUUGCUACAAUUCCCGCUAUGCGAUCUAUCUGAGUGACAAAUUCGGCGUGACAACAACGCUCUUCGCCACAAUGCUCUGCAUUCAAGGCAUUUGGUGCUUCCUUCUGCAGUCGGUCCUUUAUCCCUGUCUUUCGACUCGUUGCAAAAUUCCCAUUCCUCACCUUGCCGUUGUGGGAAUGUUCAUCGAAGUCGCUGCUCACGUGUCUAUCGCAUUGGCGCCAAACGCCUUUAUGGGAUUCGCUCCUAUCUUUGUUUACCUAGUUGGCUGGAGCCUCGUUUGUCCUGCCUCCACUUCGAUUCUUAGUACGAGCUUUACUCCUUCUGUGGCCGGCAAAGUGCUUUCCUGGGACAACUUCGCCAUGCAGGCGGCAUUGAUUUCCGCUCCUUUGGUGCUGUCAGAGAUCUACAGCAGCAGCCGCGAGGCUGUGUACUACGUGACUGCUGGGGUGUGUUUCUUGGGCAUGCUGGACAUCGGCUAUGUGGCUACAUGGAAGGGAUCGAAGGACUUUGGCAAGAUAGCGAGCUAUGAAGAGGAAGAAAAGAAAGAGAAAAACAUCGAGAUGAGCGAAGUGGAGAAGAAGGGAGCGGAGCAAGGGGAGAGUGGUGUGAUGGUUGAUAUUACCAACGCAGAUUCUCCCUUGAAGAACUCGGUACAAUCUGCUGAUGAACUCUCAACAACUCCGACGAUCGCUGAAUCGAGCGAGGUGAACGAAGCAGCGAAGCCUGUUGAAUCAUCGAGCCCAUCGAUCGUGUCGAACACGAAUGAAACAGUCAGAGUGACUUUAUAAGCCAGUCUGGUGACUGAUCCAUCGACUGAAACGAUUUCAAUUCCUGAAUUGCCUCAUUCCAAGGGAUAUAAUAUUCGGGUACAUCGACGAUGGAA